UUCUUUUUUCUUUUUUCAUUCUUUUUCCAAAUUUUUCUCUCUUCUGGGUUUUUCGAGUGAAGAAGAAUGCUUCGAAGACUCGUGAAGGAGAUUCAUGUUAAGUAAUCUUAAAGAUUGGGUUUCUGAUUUUGGUCACGGAACUAGUUCAAUCGCAUGGGUUUUCUUCUCCGUCAUGGUGGUUUGAUCUAGGGGUUAUGUUCGGUUUGGUUUGCUUCAACACGGUACAGUAGAAUGGGUUUCUUCUCUGUCAUGGUGAUUUGGUUUUGUUUCAUCCUCUAAUCCUCUCUUCGUGUUUUUAGGGUUUUUGGAUUUACUAAUUGUUCUUGUGUUGUACAGAUGUAGGGGUUUUGUUUUGUUUGGUUUGAUUCAGCAUGAAACUGGUACAAUCGAAUGGUUAUGUUGAUUUGAUUUGGUUUCUUCCUCUGAUUCUCUCUUCGUGUUUAUAUUUUUUAGGGUUACGAAUUCACUAAUCGUUAUUGUGUUGUACAGAUCUAGGUUUUUUUUUUUGUUUGGUUUGAUUUGGCAUGAUACUAUUAAAAUCCGUUAAGGUAUCUCUCUGUCUUAACCCGUUUUGUUGUGUUUUAGUUUUUGUGCGUUUUCAGGUUUUUGAAGAUUGAAAUCGAACGAGUUCAAUUGAUCAGUUCACGGUUGGGUUAUGUUUUUGUCUAACCCUUGAAGCUUGUCUCCGCUUCGUCGAGGUAUUUCUCUGUCUUAACUUCUUUUUCUUUUUUGUGUUUUGUUUCUGUGCGUUUCCUAAGUUUUUGAGGAUUGAAAUAGAAUUGGUACAAUUAACAUUUAACUUCUGAUCAUAUUUAAUGUUUUUGUUUGAUUUAAGCAAUCAAGAUUGUUUUUGUUUUUGGUUUUGGUUUUGUUUUCUUGAUCCAACAUUAAAAACCUUAUUCACUUUGUUAAGAUCCCAGAUCUGUUUUUGGUUUUGGUUACUUGAUCUGCGGAUUUUUAGUUUUGGAGCUUUUAAGUUUUGAUGUUUUUGUUUUUGUUUUUGUUUUCUUCCAAAACCCAAAAAAGAUAAAGGGCAAACACUAAUCUAAUAGCGUUCUGUCAGAUUCUAUUUUGGGGACAUUGUCCCGAGAAAAAUUGUGAAUUGUUGGCUUGGUAGUGCAUGCAUGUUGGGAAUUGGAAAUAAGGUUGCGAUUUGUUGGAUGAUCCUAUGGCUUUUUAAGUCUUGAAAGAAAAGACAUUGGUAGGGAACUGUUGGCUUGGUAGUGCAUGCUUGUUGGCAAAAAUUAUAAGAUAAGAGUCAAAUGACUUUGAAUGGGAAUGAGCUAAGAAAAAAACAUCCAAGAACCAAAGUGUUCUAACAGUUUGGUACCCUCGGCUUGUAAAAACAUAAUGGGAAAGAACCUUAAGACAUUAAGAUAAAAGACAUUGAAAGGGACCUGUUGGUUUGGUAGUGCAUGCAUGUUGGAAAAAACUAUAAGAUAAAGAAUCAAAUGACUUUGAAUGGGAAUGAGCUAAGAAAAAAACCAUACAAGAACCAAAGUGUUCUAACAGUUUGGUACCCUAGGCUUGUAAAAACAUAAUGGGAAAGAACCUUAAGACAUUAAGAUAAAAGACAUUGAAAGGGACCUGUUGGCUUGGUAGUGCAUGCAUGUUGGAGAAAACUAUAAGAUAAAGAGUCAAAUGACUUUGAAUGGGAAUGAGCUAAGACAAAACACAUGUACAAGAACUAAAGUGUUCCAACAUGUUGGUAGCCUCGGCUUGCAAAAUCAUCAUGGGAAAGAGCCUUAAGACAUUAAGACAAAAGACAUUGAAAGGAAACUAAUGGUUUGGUAGUGCAUGCAUGGGUGGGAAAAGUUAUAAGAUAAAGGGUCAAAAUGACUUUGAAUGGGAAUGACCUUAAGACAAAAGACAUGUACAAGAACUAAAGUGUUCUAACAUGUUGGUAUCCUCGGCUUGCAAAAUCAUCAUGGGAAAGAGCCUUAAGACAUUAAGACAAGACAUUGAAAGGAAACUAAUGGUUUGGUAGUGCAUGCAUGGGUGGGAAAAGUUAUAAGAUAAAGGGUCAAAAUGACUUUGAAUGGGAAUGCCCUUAAGACAAAAGACAUGUACAAGAACUGAAGUGUUCUUACAUUUUACUUGGAAAAUCAUAAUGGGAAAGAACCUUAAGACAAAAGACAAAAGACAUUGGAAGGGAACUGUUGGCUUGGUAGUGCACGCAUUUUGGAAAAACUAUAAGAUUAAGAGUCAAAUGACUAUGAAUGGGAAUGAGCUAAGACAAAAAAAAACAUACAAGAACCAAAGUGUUCUAACAGUUUGGUACCCUCGGCUUGCAAAAUCAUCAUGGGAAAGAGCCUUAAGACAUUAAGACAAAAGACAUUGAAAGGAAACUGUUGGCUUGGUAGUGCAUGCAUGUUGGGAAUUAGAAAUGAGGUUGCGAUUUGUUGGAUGAUUCGGCUUUAUAAGUCUUAAGGGAAAAGACAUUGAAAGGAAACUAUUGGUUUGGUAGUGCAUGCUUGUUGGGAAAAUUUAUAACAUAAAGAGUCAAAUGACUUAGAAUGGGAGCUAAGAGAAAAGACAUACAAGAACCAAUGUGUUCUAACAGUUUGGUACCCUCGGCUUGGAAAAUCAUAAUGGCAAAGAGCCUUAAAACAUAAAGACAAAAGACAUUGGAAGGGAAUUGUUUGCUUGGUAGUGCAUGAGUGGGUGGGAAAAAUUAUAAGAUAAAGAGUCAAAUGACUUAGAAUGGGAAUGAGCUAAGACGAAAGACAUGUACAAGAACUAAAGGGUUCUAACAUUUUGGUACCCUCAGCUUGGAAAUCAUUAUGGGAAUAAUCCUUAAAGACAAAAGAGAUAUGACAUUGGAAGGGAAUUGUUGGCUUGGUAGUGCAUGCAUGUUGGGAAAAGUUACAAGAUUAAGAGUCAAAUGACUUUGAAUGAGAAUGAGCCUUAAGACAAAAGACUUAAAAGAACCAAAGGUUCUCAAAAAGGGGGUUAGAAAAGGUAAAAGACUUUGGAUAGGUAGUGCAUGCAAAUUAGAGUAAAUAAAAUGAGUUAUAAUUGGUUGGAUGGUAAAAACGACCAGCAGAGUAAGAAGACUUAAAACCAGACAAAGGAGCAAAAGACUUUGGAAGGGAAUGAACUUUAAGAAAAAGAGGGAAUAGAACUAAAGAUUUCUCAAAGAGGGGCUUAGAAGAAUCAUAAGACAAAAGGGAAAAGAUUUUGGAUGGGUAGUGCAUGCAAAGUAAAGUAAAGAAGAACAGUUGCGAUUUGUUGGAUGGUAAAAACGACUAACAGAGUAAAAAAGUCUCAGAACAAGACAAAGGAGUCAAAAGACUUUGGAAGGGAAUGAACUUUAAGGCAAAGAGGGAAUAUAACCAAAUAGUUCUCAAAGAGGGGCUUAGAAGAAUCAUACGAUAAAAGGGAAAAGACUUUAGAUGGGUAGUACAUGCAGAGUAAAGUAAAGAUGAACAGUUGCGAUUUGUUGGAUGGUAAAAACGACCAGCAGAGUAAAGAAUGCUCAAAACGAGACAAAUGAGUCAAAAAACUUUGGAAGGGAAUGAACUUUAAGAGAGAGAGAGGGAAUAGAACCAAAGAGUUCUCAAAGAGGGGCUUAGCUUGAAGGUAAAAGACUUUGGAGAAGUAGUGCAUGCAAAGGAGAGUAAAGAAGAUCAGUUGUAAUUUGUUGGAUGGUAAAAACGACCAGCAGUGUAAAGAAGUCAGUUGCGAUUUGUUGGAUGCUAAAAAUGACCAGCAGAGUAAAGAAGUCUCAAAACCAGACAAAGGAGUAAAAAGACUUUGGAAGGGAAUGAACUUUAAGACAAAGAGGGAAUAUAACCAAAGAGUUCUCAAAGAGGGGGUUAGAAAAUCAUAAGGUUAAAGGUAAAAGACUUUGGAUGGGUAGUGCAUGCAAAGUAAAGUAAAGAAGAUCAGUUGCGAUAUGUUGGAUGUUAAAAACGACCAGCAAGGUAUAUGGAUAUGUUAAGACUUUGAGUUGAGUUCAAGUAGCAAACUUCUUUGACAGAUUCUGCUUCUUCUUCAGCUUUGUGUUUCUACAGUGACUGUGAGAGAGAAAGUUCCAUACUUGACACUGUAUUAUCUCCCACACACACUCCCCUCGUUCUCUCUGUCGCUUUGCAACCAUACGAAGAAGAGAGAGAGAGACAGGGAGAGAGAUAAAGAGAGCGUUCAAUGCGAAUUUAUGGGUUUGAUUUACAGAUCUGUGUGUCUUAAUCUGUCUCUGGCGUAACGGUCAUAUUUAACCGAUUUCAAUUCGAGCUCUUCAAAUCGCUGCGUUUCUGUUAUCUCGGACCUCUUCCAAAGUCGCAAGUGGUUCGUCUAGUGUGAGAGACAGGGAGAGAUGCUGACGUGUAUAGCGUGCACGAAGCAGCUUAACACCAACAACAAUGGCGGAUCUACUCAACAAGAAGAUGAUGAAGAUGGUGUUAUUGGGACACCUAGGACUAAGCAGGCGAUUAAAUCACUGACGUCACAGCUAAAAGACAUGGCAGUAAAGGCUUCAGGUGCUUACAAAAACUGCAAACCUUGUUCUGGGACAUCAAACCGGAAUCAAAACCGAAACUAUGCUGAUUCAGAUGCUGCUUCUGAUUCUGGAAGAUUCCAUUAUGCAUACCAGAGAGCUGGGACUGCUAGCUCAACUCCAAAGAUUUGGGGGAAGGACAUGGACUCCAGGUUGAAAGGGCUUUCUAGUGAAGAAGGUACUCCUACGUCAAUGAGUGGCAGAACAGAAUCCAUAGUGUUCAUGGAGGAGGACGAGGCCAAGGAAUGGGUUGCGCAAGUGGAGCCUGGUGUUCUCAUCACAUUCGUGUCAUUGCCUCAGGGAGGGAAUGAUCUAAAGAGAAUUCGGUUCAGUCGUGAGAUGUUCAAUAAAUGGCAAGCUCAAAGAUGGUGGGCAGAGAACUUCGAGAAGGUUAUGGAGUUAUACAAUGUGCAGCAGUUCAAUCAGCAGAGUGUGCCGCUUCCAACUCCUCCUGUAUCUGAAGAUGGGGGCUCGCAGAUCCAGUCCGCAAAGGACAGUCCUGUAACUCCCCCCCUGGACAGAGAGCGACCACGCAGCAAUAUUCCAGGCUCUUCUGGUAUUGAGUCAACACCAAAGCUCUCUAGCAUCAGUGGAACCAAGACGGAAACAUCAUCUAUUGAUGGUUCUGCUAGAAGUAGCUCAGUAGAUCGAUCCGAGGAGGUAUCAGUGAGUAAUGCAAGCGACAUGGAAAGUGAAUGGGUAGAACAAGAUGAGCCUGGUAUCUACAUUACUAUCAGAGCUUUACCAGAUGGUAAUCGCGAGCUUAGACGCGUUCGAUUCAGCCGAGACAAGUUUGGGGAAACACAUGCGAGGUUAUGGUGGGAACAGAACAGAGCUCGGAUACAACAGCAAUACUUGUGACUUGAUAGGAUUUACUAAGUUGAGCAGCUACAACACAAAGAACAACAACAAAAGACUUUAUUAACAAAACACUUUUUUUUCUUUAUAGUUAACUUCUAGCUCUAUUAAACAAAGACUUUCUAGUUUCUCUUCUCAAAAAUCAUGCUUUUGUACUGUUAGAUAUUAUUUAUUUUUAGAGACCUAAAUUCUAUAGGAACAAGAAUUGUCUCUCAGUAAGUUUGUUUUGUUUCUUAUAUAGUACAAAGUAAGAAAUUAUCAUUUUCAUUAGAGCAAAGGUGAUUUAUUAAGACGGAAAUGUA